AUGGGUCGACAAUUUCGUGUUCACCAGAGCACGAUAAGACGUGUCCUGAAAACCCGACCCGAACAUCAAAAGACGAGCUCAGUUGAACAGUUUGGAACUUUACCGCCUUCUCAAACCGACUGUCAAUUUGAACCCAAACUCCUCGUUUGGUGGGCGUUGUCUGCGAAAGGAAGAAGCUCGGUGCAUGUCCACCGAAGCAAAGCUGCCGUGGGUACGGACACGUACCUCAACGAGCGCAUCAGAAAGCGAUUGGUCCCGUUUAUCAGCAAGCAUCACCACGGAGAUUCUAUUCUCUUUUGGCCUGAUUUAGCCAGCGCUCACUACUUCAAGCGAGUUCAAGUGUUUCUCACAAAUCAAGGAAUCAAGUGCGUCAAACGGUCGCAAAAUCCUCCCAAUGUGCCACACGCGCGUCCGAUCGAAACGAUUUGGUGUCUCCUUGAACAGAAAGUUUACGAUCGUGGCUGGGAAGCAAAAAAUUUGGAUCAAUUAGCGAAACGAAUAAUUUGGAAGGCGAAAGAAAUCGAUCAAAAAGUUGUAACUAACAUGAUUUUGCGUGUUAGAGGAAACCUCUUAAGAAUGUACCAGAAAGGAGUGUAUAGUAUUGUUUCAUUAUUGAUGUAG